CUAGCGUCGCAUACUCCCAACUCACCAUCUUCAUCAAGCAGUGACCCCUUUACAGUCGCAACUCUAAAGAUAGAAAGCGCUCUCAAAAUGACAGAAGAUAAAGAAAACAAAACUGGAAUCAUGGAGAGGAAGCGGAAGCGGAAGCAAAAUGAUAGAAAUAAGAAGAAUCCAGAAAACCAAAACAAUCACAAUCAAGAUAAAGAUCAGAAGAAUGCAGUAAAAGAGGAUAAGGAGAAAAAAAGUGAAGGAAAAACAACAAAACAAGAAGUUACCUUAGAAGACAACAACAAGAGGAAACACAAAAUUGUAUUUCCAUUCGGCAAUUAUAGAAACUACUAUGGUUAUCGUAUUAAUGAAGUGGAUGGAGAUCCAAGACUUAAGGUCUUUGAGAGGGAUUGGUUUCAAGGCAAGGAUUGUCUUGACAUUGGUUGCAAUAGUGGCAUUCUCACCAUUCAAAUUGCAAGGAAGUUUCACUGCAAAAGCAUUCUUGGGAUCGACAUCGACUCUGAUAGAGUUUCAGAUGCAUAUUGGCAUUUGAGAAAAUUUGCGAGAACAGAAAAUGUUGAGAAAAACAGUACAAAGGUUGCCAGAUUGGAGGUUAAAAAUAAGGUAAAUGGUGCUAAGCAUAGUGCAUCUGCUUCUUCGGUUGAGACAAAAGAGGACAGCUCAGCUUCUAGCAAAGGAGAUCUAUUUGAAGUAGUUUCUUUCCGACAAGAAAAUUUUGUUCAGAGUCAGCGUCCAUCAGAGAAGCAAUAUGAUACAAUUCUUUGUUUGAGUGUGACAAAAUGGAUUCAUCUGAACUGGGGGGAUGAUGGAUUGAUUACUUUAUUUUCAAAAAUAUGGAGGCUUCUACAUCCGGGUGGCAUUCUAGUGCUAGAACCUCAACCUUGGCAGUCAUAUGAGAAGAAUCGUCGUGUCUCUGAGACAACAGCAAUGAAUUAUCGAACUAUCUUGUUUCGUCCGGAAAGUUUUAGGGAGAUUCUUCUGGAUAAGAUUGGAUUUAGACGGGUAGAGGACAUUACUGAUGGCUUGUCAGGCAGCAAAGCUGGAUUUGAUAGACCCAUUUUUGUCUACCAUAAAUGACUAAGUAAAGGAAGAUAAACUAGCACGCAUGAGUCGCCUAAUUUUAUGCAAUGGUCUUGGUUCUUGACGGAUCCAGUGUGUGGAAUUUUUGCAAGUGGGGUCAGUUGAUGAUCUGUAACCAACAAACCUAGUCAUCAGUGCAUAGGUUCAAAAUCAUGAAUCAAGUAUGCGCAUGUGGCUCAGCUCGGCAAUGCAGCAUUCCAUGUGUGCAAGAGGCAGCAGGAGUAGUGUGGGGGCUUUGUGACCUGUGGGAAGCUUCCAAUCCAAAUGUUUACAUGGUGUUUCACAUUUAUCUUACCUCAUCUUUUCAGGGUGGGUAAGCAUGAAAAUUCAUUAUAGAUGAAGGGAAUUUGUCCUCCAAUUUUGUAUCUGCUCCGCUAGCAUAUAUGCUGCAAAUGUUACUAAUGCUUCGUUAUCUAGCUCUAUUUCUACUUUCAAAAUC